GCAGAGUCGGUCGCGUUCUGUUCGGUGUGUCGCUCGUUGUUCGGUCUGAAAGUGUUCGAGGUGGUUUUCAGGGGACAGGUCAUUGGUGAGAAAAGCUGGGUUGCGCGGCAAUCGAUGGUCCACGAUGACGUCGAAUGGUUGUCAUCAGUAAAACUACUAAGGGAAGGAAUAGCAGCCGUCGUGUGUGGUGCUGUUUGGCGCAAAGGAUCAUACUUGUGGCCAGAAGUUGAAGCAUCGGUUCGUGUGAAUGAGCGAGAGUCGAAGAGAACUGAACCGACGCGGAGGAAAAACCGUGAGAAUUCCGAGAGAAGCAACUCGGCUGUCGAUGGUCCAGAGGACGCUGUGAAGUGCGAGUGAGUUUCUUCAAUGGAUACAGCAGCAGCAGCAGCAGCAGUGUCUCCUGCCAAAGGGUGAGAAGUGUUCCCUGGAAGAAUAAAAAUUGUAUAGAGUGUAUUCUGUUGAGGUUUCACUUCUCACAAGUGUUGUGCUGUGUGUGAUCCAGAGUCAUGGACACGGGAAGAUUUACUGCCCCUUUGUGGAUUUCAUUUUCCGGAAAGGAAAAAUAACGUGCUGAACGCGAGAUUGGCGGUGGAAAAUCGAAGAAAAGAAUUUGAUGACAGUUACCUGCUGAAGAGAUUGAGUGUGAGGAUCCCUGCAACAUUAAAAGUUCUUCGUGUAGUGUCAGCUUAAGAUUCGCACGGAUCGUCGGAGCAAAUACAUUUACGGAACUACAAGAGCAGCACAACUGUGUUCGGAUGAAAUAGAAGUAAUAACAGUGGAAAUCUGAUAGUUUUAAAUCGUUACAAAUAGUUGAAGUUGCAGUAAAAUUGGUGUUGAAAUGAUAGUUUAUUAAAUCAAUCAAGCGAUAGUCCAGUUCGUUCGUGUAGCAUAUUUUACGGGAUCACCAUUGAUAUUAAUAUCUAAAUAACGAACAGAAUAAAUAGUCUCGAUUAGAGUGUUACAAUCAAAUGCGUUCAGUUGGUACACAAAAUCAGCAUCAGUAAAAUUAUCCACUGCCUAUCUGUUAAAACGUAAGCACAUUGCAAUAUUUAUCAAGUGUUCAACGGUGAAGUAUAGUGAAGUUUUUCCUGCGAAUCACCAAAGGAUGAAAAGCCGGCAUCGAGCAAUCAAAGCUUCCAUUUAAAAAUGUUCAAUUAAAUCCGAAGUAAACACAGGCAGAAUAAACCGAACGGAGCAAAAUCACCGCAACACUGGUUGAGUUGUACAACGAACUUUGACAGUUACCAGACCGAUCCCGGCAAACAUCAACGCCAACAAUAGCGAAUUCCAUUGCCUCAGCAGAUUCCUCUGAUCUCGAUGGCCUAACAGCGGCACUUUUACCGACCACCACUCCCACCACCAUCACAGCAGACAGCAGCAGCUUGAGCGGAAGCGGGAGCAGCAGUAGGACCACAGCGACAUUUCGGAAGCGCUUCCAGCGAAUGGGUAGCUUCCAUCGACAUCGCCACAAAAAGCAACCGACCGACGCACUCGACGUGGAAAAGGCUACUUUCCCCACAGGACUCCCCGCCGCCCGAGGUACUGACACAAACACAAUGCACGACGGCGGUUCGGCGGAAAGUGUAGCAAAUCGUCUGUUGUGUCCCUCCGCUGCUGGGAAUCGCUCGCGUGCGCUCGGAAAUGACGAUGGUGACAGCAGUCAGCGGCAAACGCAGCACAAUCAUCAACAUCAUCAACACCACUGCCACCCCCGAGAUUUACUCGAAAUAAGCAUCACUGCCAACCCUCGGACGCCCGGACGCCGCGGUGGGCUGUUGACGAGGUACGGAAGCACCGUACGGCGGAAUCUACUACGUCAUCUGGCAACCUACAGCCACUGGCAUCGAACCGGUUGCAGUCGGUCGAGCAUUGCUCUAGUUUCAGUGGUGCUGCUGCUGCUGCUGCCCUUCUCCGGCUGCUCGUCAUCCGCAAUGGGAACUGCAAUCGCGGCGAAUUCAGGUCAACAAAAAGGUGGCAGUCAGGCGCAGGGGCUGGAACCAGGACCGGGUCCGGUAGCGAUGGCGGCGACACAAAAACAGCAACACCAUCAGUGUGCAAUAUCGGAACACACGUGCAACAACGGACGAUGUGUGCCGCUUAACAAAUAUUGCAAUAAUGUAAAUGACUGCGGGGACGGAAGCGAUGAGCCACGGUUCUGCACGAGAUGCAAUCGAACCUACUACGGCAACAUAGGACUGACAUACGAUUUGGAGCUUCACCGGCCCAAGGAGGAUCGGAUUCCCUACACAUGUAUCCUGACGUUCACUGCAGCCGGCGGAAAUCAGGGGGAUAUCGUUCAGGUCACGUUGGACAGUUUCACUCUGGGUAAGUUUGCAUCCUAUACGGUGAAUGGCUGCCCCGAUGGUUACCUCCAAGUGGCAGAAGCCGCUCGCACCCCCGUCGGUGGCAUGUGGUGCGGGACAACGUGGGGACCGGCAAUCUUCUACAGCGAGACCCGAUCGCUCAUAAUGACCGUAAAAUUGCUCAAAUUAUCGCGGGAUCAAAGUGGCUACAAUUUCGACUUUCGGAUACACUACAAAAUGCUCUCGCGGGACAGUGCCGUGGUGCGAUACGGUGCCAUCAAGCACGAGCACAUCCCUCCCUGGACCAACGUCAGUUACAUCCCCAAUUAUCCGAUAAUUGACGAUUUCACCAACUCAACGGCCCACUCGGAGCAACAGUAUGGCACAUACGAUGGGACCCGUCAGCGAGGAACGGUCGAACUGAGCUUCGACAACUCAACCCGAAGGACACUAUCGACGUCAUUCGGCAGUAGCAGCACUUCCAGCGGCAGUGCCACCGGGUCCUUCGGCUCAAAUCGAGAACGACCGUAUUCAAUUAGGAACCUUACAACUCUUGCCUUCCCGUCAGCCGGUGGUCAGUCGGAGGAGGGCUAUGCCGAGCCAAAGUACUACCUAGGUGACCUAAUGCCGGGCACUUACUGCUCGAGGAUUUUCACCAAUUGCGACAGAAAGCCAUGCCGACUGCAAUCGCCCAAUUUUCCAGGGGUCUAUCCACGGAAUCUGACGUGCUACUUCGCCGUAAGACAGCACGACGUGCCGCCGGGUAAGCAUGCAUUCAUCGUAAUCAGCCAACCCAAGGGUAAUCUGGUGUGGAUCUCAACGGAAGCAUCGGCCGCCAAGGCGAGCAGCACCAGCAGCGAUAAGGAAAAGUACAAACCACAGUUGCACACCUGGAACGAGUGCGAUAGCGUGCAGGACAGUACGAAUCCGAAGUGGAAAUCCACGGAUUACAUAACCGUAUACGAUGGCUAUACGACCCGGGAUCCGAUAAUGCUGAAACUGUGCGGUGGAGGCGAAGCCAUCCCUCCUUCCAUCUCCAGCGGACCGGAACUGCUGGUCGAAUUCACAACAUCUCCGUUUGGAACGUUUAGCAGUCCAGAAACAAGCUCUCAUUCGCUGCAUGGAUUUCAGUUGGAGGUCUCGGUGAAGUUCGUCGACCUCCAAAGCCCCACGUACGCGAAAAGCAAACGCAUCUGCGAAUUCUGGCUCCGAGGUACCGGUCACGGGGUCCUGCAGAAUCCCCAGCACUCGUUAGCCCCGAACACCACCUGUCUCUAUCACUUGCAAGGCACCGAAGCGCGCUCGAUCGACGCCAUAAACAUCCCGCGACGGUCCGGAGCACUGUCGACAUCGCCAACGCGGUUUAAGGUGUGGAUUUCGGUUAUGAAGUUCGAGUUGGCACCCGUGUUUGGGGCAACCGAGUCACAGCUGCUUCAGUUCCAGGCGAAGGAGGAUUGCAGCGGGAUGCUGCGGAUAUGGGAUGGUCCGCUGAGGGAGAUCCCGGCGUGCAAAGAUAUUGACUGCAUGACAAUCGACAAAGAUGGUCACCAGCGGCCGACGAUUCGGUUUGGCCAGAACAGUACCAACGUGAUAGCGCGCUUUUGCCGCGGAACUGUCCCCCGCUCGUGUGACCAUGGGAUGCUAAACGUGACCGGCUCCAGACCUUGCACAUUGACGGAGAGUUUCGUGUCGAGCGGUGACUUCGUGACGCUGGAGUUGAAGACGACAGAUUCGACGGUGUUGAGACCGCUGCAGUUUGCGUUGAAGUACGAAUUCGUGGACUUCCUUCAGGAUGGCUUACCCAUCGGUCGAGAGAACGAAUGCAAUCGACGGUUCUCGAGUAGUUUGUUGGAGAAAAAGGGACCUCACUCGGUGCGAAGCGUGCGGAAUAUUUUUCUGUUCGGACGGGGAGGUGCGAAGCACUUGCACUGUAUUUACCGCUUCGAAGCCCAGCGUGGAGAACGAAUUCGUGUGGAAAUCGUACAAGCCAUGACCGGUAACCGGACGUGUGAUUCCCGCGUUGAUCCAGACAUCGGACGGUCGUACUGCUUCGGUAACCACAGCGCGAGGAUCGAGAUAUUUGAACGACCCUGGCACGAGUCGAUCGUGUUUCCGCGUGGCUGCAUCUGUAAUUCGACCAAUAAAUCCUUCUUGCCGAUUGUGUUCACGUCGACUGGGAGGGAGGUGGAGAUUCACUUCGUCGCUGACAAUAUGACCAGUGAGGAUGAUCCGGACACGUUGAACUUUGAGGCAACGUUCGAGUUUGUCAAGGGACCAAUGAUGUGUAAGGAUGUGAGGCGCAAAAAUGCCAUCACCGGAGUUGUGAACCUGUCCUCUGGGGAGAUGGAAUGUCGCAAUCGGCCCUGGUUGAUUGAGCCGUCCGUCGAGAAAUAUUUGUACAUCCGACUGAGGGGACUUUUCCUGCGAAAGAUCGAUCCAUCGAUCCCGCUGCGAUACAACGCUAGCCUGAGCACGGUAACUCCAAUCCGGUGCAACACCAAGUCUCGAGUUGUGAUCACCAACAGCGAAGGGGUUUCCAUAACGGUAUGUCCGCUGCCUGACGAUACAACCCACCGACACGUUGUGGAGGUUUUCAGCGCCGGGUGGACCCAGCAUCAGCCCUAUUUCGAAUCCGAACCAUCCAGGGUGAUCUCGGUAGAGUUCCUACAGCCAGACGAUGGGACGUACUCGUUCAGUUGGCUCGAGCUGACAAGGCGACCACCGCCUGGCCUUGCUCUCAUCACCGAAGACUGUCCGUAUGUGUGUCCGGAUUUGAACGCCUGCGUCAACGCCUCGAUCUGGUGCGAUGGAAUCGCCCAGUGCCCUUCGGGUGAGGACGAAUCGUUCACGCACUGUUCGGCGCUGCUGCGACUGCCGGCCGAACUUCUAGCCGGAUUCAGUGUACUGCUGUUCCUGCUGUGUUGCGGCCUGGCAGCUUACGUGUAUCGCAAAAUCAAACGCAACUGCCGGCGGACAUCCAUUCUCCAAACCAGGCUCAAAUCGCUCAGCUCGAUGGAUACGGCCGUGUUCGACGAGAAGGAGGUGAUCUGCUGACAAAGCGACAAUUCUGUGCGAUACGUGGAGAUCGACCGGGUUACCACGGUCUGACCACGUAUCGUACAGAAUUGUCUUCCAACGCGGGCAAUCGCUGGCAACCGCCCAAUGCGCCAGCUCUGCAUCUCCAAACUACUCUCCCUUACGUUCUUUGUAACAAACCAGUUUUAAGGCAGAAAACAAAGCUAGUGAGAAUGACGCUGGUUGUAAGCUGCAAUUUAGCAAAUCCAACCCGAAGGACGAAACAACGGCACCAAGCGCGGCGCCCACCACGGAAAGAUUUCAAAAACGCGUUGUCAAGCCCAAAGGUAUUUUAGGUGAACAGAAGAGACUAAACUGUCAUUUUUGUACUACGUUUUAGUAAUACUCUAAUAACAAAACCAACAAACUGAGAUUCCAAAUAAGCAGUACGGAACGAAAGACGGGAAGUAGACUCAUAUUAGGCGCGAACGUUUUAAGCCAGAGAGCCAAACACCUAAAGCAUAGUACUAAUCAAACAAAGAGGCUACACACACGUCUAUUUCCCCUCUGACUAAUCAUGUAAGAAACACUCACAACAAAACAAUGUUUUCCGAGAAAAUUUUAUGAUAGAGAAAAGCUUUGAACCUUCUGAACGAUGCGAGGCGAGUACGCGGUAAGCGUCGAGGAUAGGGAAACAUUAGGUUGACCUCAUUUCUGGAGGUGUGUCAUUUUCCCUGCCGUGCGUACCCACUAAUACUACGAGCAGUAAUAAACAGACACUAUUCAAAAUCAAAAUGAAUGUAAAACUUAUAUGAAGAAAAAGAGGUUGGUUAAAGCAAAACGUUUUUAGGAAAUAAAUUAGAAAAGGUAUUUAUAAGGUAUAUCUAUUAAAGAGACAAAAAUAGGAAAACGAUUAGCGAAUUUUAAUCACUACCAGAAUACUACUAUCUAAAAAAGAGACAGAAUAAAACAAAUUAAAAAUUAAACGUGAGAUAAAGAACAUUAUGAAUGAAACAAGCUUAGGAAGUUCAGGAUUGUUGAAUUGUUACCUUAUAUCGGUUUUAUAUAAACGGACCAAUAUUUAGAGCAAAGACAGAAUUACGAGAGUGGAUCUGUUUGGAUGUAAAAAAAACAUUUUGAAUGACGUAUCGAGUAUUCCAGCUAAUCUUUAGGAAACCGAAACCGCAAAUCGUUCGAAACAAUCAGUUUUGGUUUGGAGUCUAGUAUAUAUAUAUAUGUUUGCCUGUUCAUUAUUAUACGUGUAUAAAUUUUACGAGUUUUCAACGAUGUUUGUUGUAAAUUCUCACCAAUUCUCACCAAAGACGUGAUGAAAACAAUAGGAAAAACAAAUUGUUCGGAACACAGCUAACGGGUGAAAGCUAGCCAUUGAUAACAACAUUAAACUGCCAGCUGACAUUUACCGUCAUUAAAAUUAGAAUCAAAAGUAACGGCGUGAGCAAUAAGAGGAUGCGUGUGUGUGCGGAUGAAUCAUCGGGGGGCUAUCGAAUGGAAAUCGAUCAGUUAAAUCGUGCAAAAGAAUUCCAAUGUAGGAGAGUUCCUGUAAAUUGGUUGGUAUCCAACACCUGAGAGAGAGGAGCCAGCUCGCAUUUGUUGUGAUCACCCUUAUGUCAGCGCGAACCAGUCACGGUGAAGCAAGGGGAAGUAUUGAAAUAUGUAGAAAAUUUCAACAUAACAUUUUUUCGCAAGACAUUUUAUAUGAAAAUAAUUUUGACGUUGGACUACAUCUUUUAUUUCUAUACUGGGGUGUUCGAAGCUUCGAGAACGAGAGUGUUAUAUUGGAGACACAGGAUUUUGAGCAAUAAACCCGCUUCGCCGGUCGAAAAAAAAUAACCGCUUCAUUCAAAAGAAAAAAUGUCUACGCGUUAUAUGUGUGUUACUUAUUGAUUCAAAAACUUGUUUCAAUAGCCCAAAAAUUGGUUUGAAAGCAAGUUAUUUAAAUCACAAAAAUCUGUAUAUAAGCAGGUGCCAGCUCGGAAAUCCACUCAAUUACAAUUGUACAGCGGUUAGAUCAUUUUGGAACAUUUACUCCUGAAAAAAAGUCACAGGAGGGUUGUAUCCAAGACACGACCGCAUAGUUGACGUAGGAUUCCGUUAGGCUAUCUGCUGCAUGCUGAUUUUGGAUAAAUUGUAAAACUCUUCGAUAAUGAUUUGGGUCCGUUUUGUCUGUUUGUUAGGAAAUGUUUGUUCACUCCACCAGUGUCCAUAACCGAGUGAUAAUGAUAGAAGGAUGGUGAUUAGUCAUUAGAUAGUGCGUAUCACGUACCAAAGCCGCCCUCUGUAUUCCUGGACGAGAUGGCUCCUGUGUAAUGUAUGGAUGAAAAAAAGAAAAAAAAGUAUGGAUGAAAUAAAGAAAACGAAGCAACCAACAUAAAAGUUUCAAAUUUUAAUUUUAUUUAUAUUCCAUCGAGCAUAAGUUCUAUUCAGCUCAUUGAAACAUCAUUCUUCAAUCUACCUAUCGAUAGAUUCUUAUUGGAACGAAAAUAACAAAAACAAACUCGUUCAUCACUCACAACUUAUCCGCCAGCACGUAUGCAAUCAGCAGUGCCCACGCUAGUUACAAUGAGCACUAUCCAUUUGUGCGCGUCGUUAGUUAAACUAUCGACCACGAGGGUAUUUACAUGCUGAUUUCCCCCAGACACCUUGGAUUUGAAAUCUCUGUUAGGGAAUACAUGUCGGUGAGAAUAAAAGCUCCCCCUACUUUCAUGUACCUGCGAUGCCGAUUUCCCCCAGGCAGCUUGGUUUUGAUGUCUCUGUUAGGGACCCGCCGCAUGUGUCGUCAAUUUCGACCUAUCAGAAGUGGGUAUUUCCGUUAGGAUAGGGGUUGAGAUUUUUCAAUUGUUCGAUAGUUAGUUUCAUGACAUAUUUUAUUUUAGUCAAUGUAAAAAGUUGUUAUAGAGUGCCGAAAUUGAAUGACGCAAAAAUCUCAUCAAUCCAUCAUAAAAUGACUGAGCAAUAUAUAUUUGAAAUUGGACAAUUUUUACGGUGCGCUCGAUUUUCGAUUUUCAAUUUGUAUCCCAAUAUGUUCCCGAAAGACGUAAUCCUACGUCAAAACAAACUUGCUGCUGUGAAGAAGGCGACCAGCAAGAAGAAAGCUGCUGCUACUGCUGGUGUGGCUGCCCGAAAGCAAAAGUCAAAUAAAUCCUUAAAAAUCGCUGCAUGCAAGCCGAAAACGCCGAAGCCAUAGAAAUCAACAGCAACUUCGAAAAAAAAACUACCAUCACCACACAUAACGCACAACACGAGAGAAAACAAGAUAGUGUUUUCAGAAAAUCAAAUCCAGUUCUUUUCAGAAAGAGUUUAUCAAAUACUGCGGUCAAAUACAUUCUUUUUGUAAUUUCUUCGAUCAAGUGCGAACAACGUAACAUUACAAUGAAUCUCGAGAAAGACAAUUCAUUCCUGCUCGACACUCGCACAAACAAUGUUCACUCAUCAAUGUCACAAACAGGAAGUGGGGGUUCUGAGGGAGGGCAGAGUGAGCACAACAUUUAUGUUGACUGAUUGGAAGCGACAGCUAUGUUGUCUAUGGGAAAUGGUAUACAAAUUAUAUCACACAUAAAGGGGAGAAAGAAUCUUGACCCUUUUAGUUUUGUGGACAAUAUUAAUUGGUUCACCUUCACUAUCGGUCAAUUCGAUUGGAUCUUCAGUGAUAAUAUUGCACUGCAGGAAUAUUAUGGCAAAGAUGACGAGAGACUGGUAGGAUAAUUCUCAUCUUCAUCCGAAUCGUGAUCACUGCCUGUUAAAAAUGCAGACACAGCAUCCUUUUAUUAUUUCAUCGGACACAAACAAAAUUCCCUCAAAAUGCACCUGAGAGAAAUCAAUGUUACCUCUUUUCAUUGGAAGAUUAGCACUUAUUUUAUAUAUUCCACAUACGUUGCAUAUUCAAAUUGCAUCGGAGAAUAUACAAUCAUCGCCCACAUUGCAAAAAUCGAUUCAUUGAGCUUCCAGCAAUAGGUCAACCUGGAACCAGUGAAGGAAUGAAUGAAAGAAUGAAAGAAUUCGCGAAAACUGGAUGAACGAUCGGAAAAAGUCACAAAUGAGCCAAAAACACCCAUAAAUUCACACAAGAUCUCCACCGACAAACAAAUCAUAAAAAUCAGUUUGCUUCUUAUUUCGGAUAUUGUUUUAGAAAUCAUCGAAAUAAUUCUUUAGGGCAACCAUAUCGAAAUUAUCAAAAUUAAAAAAAAAACCUGUUUGAAUGGGCCGAUGCUGCUGGAAGCCAUGAUGUGGGCUGAGCUGGUACAUCUUUUAUUAUUUCCUACAUGAUCAAUGUUCAAAUUUUUUAUCACCCCAUAUAUUCUUUUUUUUUUUUUAUCUGUAUUAUAGUGACUUUCAACUCAUUUGGCUGGUUCGUCACUUUUUACUUCCAUUUUUGGAAGAAUGUUGGGAGUGAGAAUUGAACUCGUGACCUUUAGCGUGAGAGGCAUGGAUGUUACCACUACGCCAGAUCGCCUCCCCAUAUAUUCCUGUUAGACGCAGUCCUAAGUCAAAAAUCUAAUCGGGGAUAAAACGCACAAAUGUACUCACAAACAAUGGUUCACGUCAAGUUUGAACACUUUUCUCAUCAAUGAAUGACAACAACUUGCUUGAUUGAAAUUGUCAGAUUGGAAUUUUCUUGAUGAGAAUGCGUAAAAAGAAUAAGAAGAAAACAAACUAUCUGUCAUUCAGCUGGCUCCUCUCUCUCAGUCCAACACUAGCUGAAUCUUUUGAUUUACUCUAUCCUCCAUCGCUGCGGGGAUUCGACGGUAUUUCUAGGGACAAUAUUCUGAUCAAUAGACAGCUCAACUUGAAUGAUUAGAAACUUGGGGAAAUGUUCUUAGCAUUGUUCAACGUUUCGGACUUCAAGCCCAACUUUUAACAUCUUCCGUCCUUUUACAAAGUAGCGACUGGUGCGCGCCUAUGAUAACGAAAAAUUCCACAAAGAUAUUGGAUUUAGUUUCGUUAAUCAUGUUUCGAAGAUCCGAAGUGUUUUGAAACCACUUCUUUAAAACUACAGCGUAACUAAAAAAUUCAAUAACAAGUUUCUUUGAAACUCAACAAGAAAAACUUGAGAUAGAAUAACACCUUUGGCUACGAUUCAUUUCCCAAAAAAAGCGGAACAAAGCGUCCUCGCCCACCACCAGUGAGGCUAUAUAAUAUUAGUUGUUGGCAAAGUCAUUUCACCACGAAUGAGACUGGAUGCUCUAGGUGAAAAAAAAAUCUAAAAUAAAAAAAAUUUGAAAAAAUCAAAACAGCAAACGAAAUCUGAAUUCUCAAAUUUUUCAAAAAUUUCAUGUAAAUUCUAUGCAAUUUGAAAAAUUCACAAAUUAAGUUCUAAAAUUUAAAAAAACAAGUUUAAAAAAUACAUAAAAUUCCAAGAAUAACAUUUGAAUAAAACAAAAAAUCAAAAAUUUCAAUUAAAAAAGUAUAAAUAAAUAAUUUGAAUAUAAAAUUGAAAUUUCAAAAAUAAAAUUUUGAA